AUGUUUCAGCUGCAUCAGCAAAACUACAGAUCCCUGUUUGAUCCAAAUAACAUACACCCCACUAUGUCAUCUAUCGCUGGAGCAGCACCAUCAACAACAAAUGUCGACAGAGUCGUACAAUCAGUGACAAACGCAACAAAGAGAUUAUCUCAAAUAUCAACAAACACAAACGCAUCUUCAAAAAAGAGAAAAUCACAAAACAAAAUAGGACCAUGGAAAUUAGGAAGAACCUUGGGCAGAGGCUCAACCGGUAGAGUACGAUUGGCCAAAAACGUCGAGACUGGCCAAUUGGCAGCAGUGAAAAUCGUCCCCAAAUCAAACUUUAGGAAAUUGGAAAACCCAAAAUACAAACGACAUUCAAGAGACCUGCAAGCACAAGGUCAGAGUCAAGGUCAAGGUCAAGUAGCAGGAGAUAACGACAACAGCGAAGACUUGCACCGCUUGCCCUACGGUAUUGAACGUGAAAUCAUCAUCAUGAAGCUCAUCUCGCACCCAAACAUUAUGGGUCUAUACGAUGUCUGGGAAAACAAAAAUGACUUGUACUUGAUUCUUGAAUACAUCGAAGGUGGCGAACUCUUUGACUACUUGAUCAAAAAGGGAAGACUACACGAAUCAGAAGCAGUCAACUACUUCAAACAGAUCAUCAAUGGUAUCAACUACCUCCACCAAUUCAACAUUUGCCAUCGUGACUUAAAGCCAGAGAACCUCCUACUAGACUUUAACAAAAAUAUCAAGAUUGCCGAUUUCGGUAUGGCUGCAUUGGAGAUAAAAGAAAGACUAUUGGAAACAUCGUGCGGGUCUCCACAUUAUGCGUCACCCGAAAUUGUCGCUGGAAAGACAUACCACGGUGCACCAUCAGACAUUUGGUCAUGUGGUAUCAUCUUAUUUGCAUUGCUCACGGGCCAUUUACCAUUUGACGAUGAAAAUAUUCGCAAAUUAUUGCUCAAAGUACAAAGCGGAAAAUUCAUAAUGCCUCACGAACUAAGCUGGGAAGCAAAAGAUUUAAUUUCAAAGAUGCUCAAGGUUAAUCCAGCUGAGCGUAUCUCAAUGGCUGGGAUAUUAUCACAUCCAUUGCUCUCAAAAUACCCUAAUCCAGCAGUUACUUAUUCAAAAAAUUGUACCACAACCUUGGACAUUACCAGUGCAGAAAUCAAGCCAAUUGAGUCGGUUGCCAAAAUCGACAAGGAAAUUUUGAAAAAUCUCUCGGUAUUGUUCCACAACUGCGACGAAAAUACUAUAAUGUCGAGAUUAAUGUCACAGAAAAAAUGUCCCGAAAAGAUGUUUUACUAUCUCUUGAUGAAGUAUAGAAAUGAACAUGUGGCCCAGUCUAAUAACUUACUGGAACAGCGGGUUAAAACGAUACCACGUUCUACGUCAUCGUUUAUCACAACCACUAUAUAUGAUGAUACAACUGGCGAAGCAAUAACCUCAACCACCACUACCACGAUGACUGGUGCAGCUGGUACAUCUGGUACAGCUGGUGUCAAGACUCCUCAUACUACGUCAAAGAUGCACAAGUCAUCCUCCAUCUACUCCAAAAAAUCAUUAAUGAAAACUGCAUCUUCAAAACAAGUUUUAGGAAACAUUACAAAUAAAAACACUACAAGCAACCAGGGCCAAGGACAAAAACAAUUUACUGCAUCGACUUCAUUUAACAAAAAUAAACGCAGACCCAGUAAUGUUGCCACACAAGUAUACAGCAAAAGUAGAAACAACUCGAGUCGAUCAUUAAGGUCAAACACAUCAACCUCAAACAAUAAGAGUUCUUCUUCUACAUCGUCAAACGAAAGGAAGCCUUCUUCAACUGCCCCAUCACCACCACCACCACCACCAACAACAACAACAACAAUUUUACACAAUUCAGAAACCGCUGAGAAAACACAACUGCAGAAAAGCACUUUUCAAACAAACUCUGCUAGCGGCAAUUUCAAUACCAAAUCAUUGCUCAACUUUAAAAACAUUUGUGAUGAGAUGUUCAAUGACAACCAAAAUCUCCAAACUGCGCCAAUGAAACCAAUCCAGGAGAAUGCACCAUCGCGCACAGCAUCGCAAAGAAAAAGAGAGAAUGCAUUGGCCAAAAAAGAGCGUGAAUUGGCAGAGCAAGUGAGAUUGAGAAACGAGGCUCGUGAGUUGAAAUUGAAAGCCGAGGAAGAAAAAGCUAAAAAAGAACUUGAGAAAGAAAAACAGUUGCUACAAAAGAAGAAGGACCAACUAGAGCAAGAAGAAAAAGAAUUGUUGGCAAAGCAGGAACUUCAAAGUCGCCAAAAGCAAGCAUUAGCUAAGUUGAACCAACGUCAAAGUACAAAUGACUUUGAUGGAUUGGUUGACCUUCAAGCUCAAAAACGGCGAUCAUUGACUGCUGACCAGCCACAAAUCAAAUCCCUUUUGGAUCCAAGGUCAAACUCGGUGGCAAGGGCCAGGACAUUGGGUGGCGCGCCUACAUCUUCAUCACCUUCUUUUCCUUCAUCAUCAUCUUAUUAUCAUUCAGCUGAUGCUGGUGGUGCUGGUGCUUUUUCUUCCCCAAGGACGAAUUUUGUUUCUGUCAAUAGCCCACAGAUGAACGAUAAUGCAUCAAAGGUAUUGCACAAAUUAGGUAUUGACGUUGUGCCAUCUCCGAGAAAAUCAAAUGUGAGUAAAUUGAGAACAUCUGGUUCAAGAAAUCUUGCAGCAAUGUUGGAGCAAGGUCUUCCAACACAAACACAAGUAACAACAACAACAAAUUCCGGAGCUAAUACCGCACGAAGCAUCAAGACUUCUAGUUCAAGAAACUUGGCUGACUACUUAAACAAGCCUGAAAAUGAUGAAAACGUUUCAAUUACGGUAAACGAUUUCAAUGAGAUGGAAAGCGGUAAAUCUAUUGUGAAAACAACACCUAAGUCGCAGUCAAAAUCACAUUUACAACCACAACUACAAUCAAAGUCACAAUCGAGAAACUCAUUAUUGAAUAAUAAACGGGCUAGUGGCUCUUCGUUCAAGUCUAUGCUCAUAGAUAUUGAUGAACACAAACCAACUGUACCACCAAAGCCACGCGCUCAAGAGAAUACUUCUAUUAUAGAAGAGAAUGAUGGUGAGGAAAUGGAUGGUGAAGAACAGGAUCAAUAUUCAGUGGCUGAUCGUAGUAACAUCUCACUCAUUCCAAAUCCAAGAUUUUCGAGAUUCUCUUUUGGAGGUUUGUUGAAGCCGCAUACAGUAACUAAUGAAGAAGGAGACAUUACUAUCAUGAGUCAGACCUUGAACACGUCAAAUACUGUAGUCAGAAGAUCAAACAAGUCAAAUUCGACAUUUGCUGGGCUUGGUAUAAAAGUACGCGAUACAAUUAAGGAAGAGGAUGGCGAGGAUGGUGGUGCUGGUGCUGGUGCUGGUGUUGGUACUGGUACUGGUACUGGUGCUGGUGCUUAUUUUGCUGAUAACCGAGCAAGUACUUCUCAUAAUACCAAGCCCAAAAUGACAAACGACCGGUCCACAUUCAAGUCUAGAGAAUUCAAUUACGAGUCUGAUAUCGACAAUAAUGAUAAUUUCGAUAAUUACAAUAAUUAUGAUGAUGACGAUAAUGAUAAUGAUGACACCCAUUCUGAUGCUACCACAGUGCUGUCUAAAUACUCAUUUAUUGCACUGGAACAGAUGUUUAAUAAUUCUAUGCAACAAGAUCGUCCGAUGGAAACCGAGUUGUCCAACUUUGAUAUUAUUAGUGCCAAAACUGCUGUGAUUGGUAAGGCCAACAUUAGCAGACCAAGCUUAGUCAACUCAAGAGAAACGUUAGUUGCUAAUCCUCGCUCAUCUAAUGAAGAGACAAUUCGUGAAGAAAGUCAUAACGAGCUCAAUAACGAAGUAAAUAAUGAUUGGAUUGAGAUUGAAGACGAACAAAAGCCUAGUCAAACUAUGGAUGAUCGUCGACUGAGUGUUUAUAUUGGAGAUGGAGAGCAAAAAGAAGCAGACAGUGAGAACGAUGGUGAGCAGCAAUACACUCAUCAUGGAGGUGAAGCUACUCAGAAGGGUGACAUCAAAAGGUCCAGAAACUCGACGUGUAUAUUUAGCACUGCGCAAUUGCCGAGAAGUCCGCGUGUACAAUUACCCAAUGCUGAUAGCGAUAGCAGUCCUGUAUCAAAUAAUGUGGUGGAUGUCAAUCGUAAGCCAUCAACAUUGAGACAUCAAACGCAAUUGAUAUCGAGCCCUAUUGAGGACGUCAAGUAUGAAAAUGAAAUGUCAAGGGCAACGAGUGGUGCAGAUUCCUUCUUUAGGAGGUUGUCUAUGAAACCUAACCGUGCUGCACCUAAUUUGGAGAGCAAAAACACAGCUCCAAAGGAACAAGCGACACGGAAUAGAUUCUCUGACACGCCUCUAGGUAGUGCAGUACCCAAACCAAGUAAGUUUUUUUAUGAAUCUGAGACUCCAAAGCAAACUGCGACUGGUAAGGACGGUAAAGACGGUAAAGAAGCAAAGACUAGUAAUUGGUUCAAGAGGUUCUUUAACUCUUUGACUGGUACCGCAUCUAGUUCUGGUACCAAAUCAUCGCUGAGUAAACCGCUCUCAGAUAGGUAUACCAGUAAGGACAUCAAGAUUAUUGACUCUUCGUUAAGAUCCGUGGAGUUGAUUCGUAUCAUCAAGGAUCAAUUGGAGUUGAAAGAGUUGGAAGGAUCUGUAAGUAAAGUUAGUAUUGAUGAAGAGUUUGGUCUCAUUUCCGGUGUCGUGCCUAGCAAGUUUUCACAUGGACGUAAACUCAAGUUCCGCAUUGAAGUGAUUGAUCUAAUCAGUUCUUCGUCGUUGCAUAUAAUGAAAGUCAAGGGUAAUGAAAAAGGGUUCACCAAUUUUGUCAAGGUUGUUUCAUACAUUAUCAAAAAAGAAGAACAAUCGGAAGCAAAGAGAUAA